CAAAGCACUUCAUAACUACCGGUGUGAGUGCAACUGGUCUAUAGUCAUUCAGACUGCUCGGGGAGGGCUUUUUUGGAACCAGGAUGAUGGUGGAUGUCUUCUGGCAGGACAGAAUGGCGGCCUGGGCAAGGGACAGAUUGAAGAUGUUGGUGAGGACAGCCGUCAGCACAUUCCUUGAGCACCCUCCCAGGUACUCCGUCUGGGCCGGCAGCCUUCCUUGGGUUCACUGAUAUAAGCCAGGCAUGCAAACUGGUCAGGGGUGAAAAAGGCCUAAUGGACACUUAAACUAUCAGAAUAAGGAAAAGUCUGAAUAUUUCUUGGACCAAACCAGACGGGCACGACGAGGACAUACGGAUUUCGGAUGCCCGUCUCCACAAUAACUGCAAGCAUGAACAAAUUUGCAGUUGUAAAACCUACAUACAUUUUCGUUGAAGUUAUAACACAGAGGUGUAGUAAGAGGAGUCACCUUAGAUGGAUUCUCCAGUUUAACAGCGGAAGUGGAUUUCGAACAAAGAUUGGAGCAAUGCGAGAAUGAGCCACAGAAGCUGCAAGACAAAACUUGAUGGCCUGUGAAGUGCCUGCUGACGAGGGCUACGUCAAUAACAGACCAGUCCAGUCUCUGAUUAAAUUUUUGGAUGAACAUGGCAGCCUUAGCAGAAAAGGACCUAUGGUAAUCAUAAAAUCGUGUCCCACCAUAUGACAAGGCUAAGUCUGCUAUGAUAGACAGAUAAGUGUCCAGUUCGGCUCUACGGUCUGGAUACACCUCGCAUAUUACGUCCCUGAAAACUCCGAAGGCUAGGAAGAACUGAGGCAGAGUUAGUGUUUUUGACAAACGGGGAUCGCUGUCUUUGAGUGUUACCGCAACAUCCCCACAAUCCACCACGCGUCGGUCAUGGACUUCAGAGUACAGCAAUAUUUUGACAAGAUUAACGUCUUUACCUGCGAGGAUUUGGCUUCGUAGCUGAGAGGAGAUUGCAGCGGCAGGAGGAAAGAAGGGGGUCCCGGUGGAGAUUGGGACUGCAGUGCCCAGGGUUCUUCGCGGGGCGGCGAAACUCCCUGCUUGGUGGAAGUUGUCGUUGAGCUGCUGUUCGGAAGCAGGUGUAGAGGCUAGACUGGAGAAGGCUGGAAAGGUUCCAUUUUCGAUACACUGGAUCCUGGAGUUAAGGUUGGAGAGCGUGGAUUGGAUGGAAGACAGAAGAGGAAGAAGGCCCGUGUCGUCUCCCCUGACCUCCAUGGAGCCACCUGCUUGGGAGGGGUUCCGACCCUUCUUCGCCGCUGUUGAGAACGAAGACCCUACGGCCGCGCAGUGCUUCCGUUUCUCCGAAGCCUUUUUUGGGGCAGACGAGGAUGGAUCUAAGCCUUGAGGAGUCUCCGCACGAACGCCUUCCGGGAGCAGAUCGAACAGCUCCUCGGGUGAGGCUCCUACGGGCGCUGGGAUGUUGUUUGCGAACAAAGCUUCCAGGAUUCGUGGCACUGACCAUUCGUUUAAGGCAGGAGUCGGAGCGCUGGGUGCGCUUUUACCUUUUUUGAGGCGAGCACUGCGCCGGUUUGAAACGGCAACAUCAACGGGAUCGUUUGGAUCUUCUACUAGGGUCUGGAAGGCAUCGCUCUCACCGAUGUCCUCGUCCUCCGUAUGUAGAAGAGACAUGACCAGGACCAACACCCAAUGAUCCUCAAGCUUAAGGAGUGGAUCUACUCGCAGUAUAAGACAGUGCAGGAGUACAACUAUGUACCUGGACAGGAUGUGCUGUUGACUGACCGCUACACUGACCUGCUGAUAGUCCAGCAACACAGAAAGCAGGAAGAGAAAGAGGAGGAGAUUCGUUUCAGAGGAGCGAGUCUCUUCAGUGCCAGGGAGGCAUAUCAAAGCACCACUGUGGACCAGUUCUUCAGCCCUAAUGACCGUGGAGACAUUCCUAAAGCAGUCAUUCUUCAGGGCCACUCUGGACAUGGUAAAUCCUUUAUGGCACAGAAGAUCAUGUUGGACUGGGCAUCAGGCAACCUCUUCCAGGAUGAAUUUGAACUUAUUUUACACCUGAAAUGUAAAGAACUGAACCAGGUGUCGGGAGAGUGGUGUGUGGUGGAUCUAGUGAGCUGCGACAAUACAUUUACCUCACUGAUCUCACAGAAACUAAAGGACUCACCACAGAAGGUCCUCUUCCUCAUAGAUGGAUUUGAUGAACUCCGAUUCACAAUGAGUGAAAUCAAUUUCUCAUCUGUCAAAGACCCUUUCACACCAGCUCCUGUUGAGGCCAUUCUAAUGGCUCUAUUGAAGGGUACACUCCUUUCUGAUUGCUUCCUGGUAGUCACCACCAGGCCCACUGCCGCAGGCACACUGAGCAAACUGCUUAAACCCCCUUUGCGUUCCACUGAGACUCUGGGUUUCUCUGAGAAGGGGGUGCAGGACUACUUCAAGAGGUUCUGUCAAGAUCAGCAGGUAUCAGACAAGGCAUUCAGCAGUGUGAAGGCAACUGGAACACUCUUCUCUUCCUGCACCAUUCCGGUCAUCUGUUGGAUUGUCUGCACAGUUUUCCGGGAGCAGCUAAAAGAAAAUGUUCAAAUGGCUGAGCUGGAAACAACCACCUCCAUAUUUGUCCACUUUGUGUCCACUCUGCUGGAGCAUCACUGCCAGGGUUUGAGUCAACCCGUCCCUACUCUGCUGAGGAGCCUGGGCCAGCUGGCAGAGAGAGGGAUGCUGGAGCAGCAGGUCCUGUUUGAUAAGGAAAGUGUGUUGAGUACAGUCUCAGAUCCAGCCAGUGUUCCCUUCUUGUGCAAGUUCCUCCUGAAGAAGAAAGCCCGCCUAGAGGAAAUGUUCAGUUUCAUGCAUCUCAGUUUUCAGGAGUUUUUCACUGCACUCUACUACGCCUCAGACCAGAAUAAGGAGAAAGUCAAAGAGCUGCUCGGUUCCUUUAAGGAAUAUGACGACAAGUCCUAUGUCCUACCCGUCAUUCAGUUUCUCUUUGGCCUCUCAAAUAAGGAAGUGAUACAAGACCUGAAGAAGCUUAAGCUGCCUUCCACUCCUUCCAUUCGAGGACAGCUGGAAAAGUGGAUUCUUGAACUCAUUAAAAAAAAUAGACAUUCAAAGAAAAGUAAUGAGUUGCUGUUCAUUCUCCACUGUCUCUAUGAGCUCCAUGAGGAGGAGUUUGUGAGGAGAGCCAUGGAGGUUUGGGGUAAGAUAGCCUUUAACUCCAUUCCCCUGACGACUACAGACUGCUCGGUGCUGCUGUACUGCCUGCAGCGCUACCCGACCAUCAGAAGCCUGGAGCUCACAAAGUGCAACAUCACAGCAGAGAAGCUGAAGAUGCUGCAACCUGCACUGAGCAGGUGUGAGGAGCUGGGGCUAAAUGUUGAGAAACUGUUGGAUGCUGAUGUGAAUGAUCUGGUCUCAGCUCUGGGGGAAGGAAAGAUUCUGAAUAACCUACGUGUGUUGAACAGCAGUCUGUCAGAGGAGAGUGUGCAGCAGGUCCUCAGCGCCCUCUACAGGCAGAAGUCUGUGGGUUUAGUUCUGCUCUCAGUGAAGACCAUCAGCAUCACCACUGCUGAGAGGCUCCUGCAGUUCUACAAGACCACACAGAUCAGAGAGUAUGUGGGGGUGUGCUUAACGAAGGGGGCUGAUACAGCUGACAGUCUCUGUUCUACUCUCACGAUGGGAAGAGAUGAGGAAUAUUUUGGUCUGAUGAUGAUCCACUCUGGAGAUUCCUCUCCUGAAUCUGAAUCCUCUGGACUGGGUCUAGUUCUGCAGUUCACCUCACAGAUCUCUGACAUCAUACUGAGGGAGAUCCUCCACAGGUUCCAUCAGCUGAGACGUUUCACAGACAAGAGUCUAGAGCAUAAUGAGUGUGUGGAUGCUCUGUUGUCCUGGCUGCCCUCUCUGCCUGAUCUGAAGAGGGUGAUUCUGUGUGUGAGCUGCCUGACUGAGAUCUGGGCCACCAGGAUCCUCCAACUCAUCCACACCUGCCCCAAUCUAGAGAGAGUACAGGUGCAGAUACUGGAGGGGGCUGAUACAGCUGAGAGUCUCUGUUCUGCUCUCCUGAUGAAAAGAGAGGAGGGAGAUUUCAGUCUGAAUAUUCUCCACUCUGGAGAUUCCUCUUCUGAAUCUGAAUCCUCUGGACUGGGUCUACAUCUGCACUUCCCCUCACAGAUCUCUGACAUCACACUGAGGGAGAUCCUCCACAGGUUCCAUCAGCUGAGACGUUUCACAGACAACAGUCUAGAGCAUAAUGAGUGUGUGGAUGCUCUGUUGUCCUGGCUGCCCUCUCUGCCUUAUCUGAAGUUGGUGAUUCUGCAAGUGAGCUGCCUGACUGAGAUCUGGGCCACCAGGAUCCUCCAACUCAUCCACACCUGCCCCAAUCUAGAGGGAGUACAGGUGCAGCUACUGGAGGGGGCUGAUACAGCUGAGAGUCUCUGUUCUGCUCUCACGAUGAACAGAGUGGGGGGAGAUUUCAGUCUGAAUAUUCUCCACUCUGGAGAUUCCUCUCCUGAAUCUGAGUCCUCUGGACUGCGUCUAGUUCUGCACUUCCCCUCACAGAUCUCUGACAUCAUACUGAGGAAGAUCCUCCACAGGUUCCAUCAGCUGAGACGUUUCACAGACAAGAGUCUAGAGUAUAAUGAGUGUUUGGAUGCUCUGUUGUCCUGGCUGCCCUCUCUGCCUGAUCUGAAGUGGGUGAUUCUGCAAGUGAGCUGCCUGACUGAGAUCUGGGCCACCAGGAUCCUCCAACUCAUCCACACCUGCCCCAAUCUAGAGAGAGUACAGGUGCAGUUACGGAAGGGGGCUGAUACAGCUGACAGUCUCUGUUCUGCUCUCACGAUGAACAGAGUGGAGGAAUAUUACAGCCUGAUGAUUGCCCACUCUGGAGAUUCCUCUCCUGAAUCUGAAUCCUCUGGACUGGGUCUACAGCUGUGGUUCCCCUCACAGAUCUCUGACAUCAUACUGAGGGAGAUCCUCCACAGGUUCCAUCAGCUGAGACGUUUCACAGACAAGAGUCUAGAGCAUAAUGUGGAUGCUCUGUUGUCCUGGCUGGCCUCUCUGCCUGAUCUGAAGGGGAUGGAUCUGCAGGUGAGCUGCCUCACUGAGAUCUGGGCCAUCAGGAUCCUCCAACUCAUCCACACCUGCCCCAGUCUAGAGAGAGUACAGUUUUUAGCCACUGUCUAUGAUGAGAGUUUAAAGGAGGAAAAAGGUUUGUUGCUGGAGGAGGGGAUCCGCCUACUGCAGGAGGCUCAGAGGCGCCCAGACUGCACCAUCACACUUAUAGGGAAGCGCUGCUGUAAAGCCACUGUGAAGUGCACUGAGUUUAAGGACAGAAACCUCAGCUGUAAUAAACUGCGGACAAUUACAAUCGAGGGAGAGCACGCUGCAGCAGUCCGACUCAACCAGCAGAGGAAGACGCAGGAAUGUAUUUUUAUGUGAUCUGUUGUACCAGCAGCACUGAGAGUGUUGGAUUCAGAACUUUAGAUGUGUAUGUCCCAGCACUGAGAGUGUUGGUUUCAUAACUUUAGAUGUGUAUGUCCCAGCACUGAGAGUGUUGAUUCAGAACUUUAGAUUUGUAUGUCCCAGCACUGAGAGUGUUGGAUUCAGAACUUUAGAUGUGUAUGUCCCAGCACUGAGAGUGUUGAUUCAGAACUUUAGAUCUGUAUGUCCAGCACUGAGAGUGUUGAUUCAGAACUUUAGAUGUGUAUGUCCCAGCACUGAGAGUGUUGAUUCAGAACUUUAGAUGUGUAUGUCCCAGCACUGAGAGUGUUGAUUCAGAACUUUAGAUCUGUAUGUCCAGCACUGAGAGUGUUGGAUUCAGAACUUUAGUUGUGUAUGUCCCGGCACUGAAGGCCGUUUUUCACCGAGAGCGAACCUGGGGCCGGUUUCACUAAGGUAGUUUAGACUGGUCUAUGGGUUAAGAUAGGUCUUAAGUUAUUAAGUUAUAAGUUAUUUAUAUUUUUAGAUUAAGAUAUAAAAUAUUACUCCCUCAGAGGCGCUGAAAUGGCCCCCCAAACCAGCAUAUGCUGUUUGCGUCAUGUACGUUGACAUCCCUUCAUCUUCCAUGUGAGAUCUGGAAUUGCGGCCAAUUGGACUCAGAAGAGGCAGGAGAUGAGUCAGGACUGGUCCUGAUAUUCAAUAGAGAAGGAUGAAGGGAUUCCAACAUACAUGACGCGAUCAGCAUACACUCAGUGUCUGUGAGAAUCUACAGAUACAAAACUAGAGCACGCCAGGGUGCAAUAAGCAUGCCAGAAGAGCUCCUAGUGGAUCCGUGGACACGAGGGUUGGUGGAGAGCUAUGAGACUGGAUGAAUGUAUGGCGUCCCCAACUGUCUUUACGACACAACUCCUGGAGCAGAGCACCGCUGCCGUCGCCUCCAAGGACACAGACCCCUCACCAGGCAGGAUGGUGCAGACAAACCAGCAAACCUCAGGAAGUGGACCCACACGCCAUCAUCAUCAUCCUCGACCCUGGACAGAUGCACAACAACCCGGGUCCACUCAGCCCUCUGCUGAUGCAGUACUCUCCCCCCACCAUCAGAAUCGCCAGGAUCAGAAUUCCCACGUUUCCGAGAGGAGGAUGUAGCAUGAAGUUAAAAAAGUGAAAAUGUGGGAAAUAUCAUAGUUUUCAGUUAAAAGACUUUUAGUCAUAUAACUGCUUAAAUCCAGCUUGCUCCAAAACAAACAAAAAUGUGCGAAUGCUCCAAUGAUAAGAUAACCAGUGUGAAACAACUUAGACUUAAAAUGCUUUUGCUUAGACUUAGUGGUUUGUUUUCUUAAAGCAUAGUGUUAUUUUUGCUUAUAAAACAUAUCUUGUGUUUACUUAGAUAUGUGACCCUGUAAAGCGAAACCAGUCAUUUCGGCAAAAUUUACUAAAUUAAGUUAUUGUGCUCACAUGAACGGCCAUAAACUAAACUUUCCAACAAUAUGUAUAUUGAGGGUAUUACACAAACUAUCGCUAAGAUAACCGCAUCCAAAGUUGACAUGGUUUUCCCGUCACAAUAUGCCAGAAGAGGAGAAAUCACCUUUUUAAGCGGCGCGUGGACAACGGGAAUGACAGCAAAUGUGUUGAAUCUUUGCCGGGUUUAACAGUCAAAACGUAUGUUUUUCCGUGAAAUGCGUUCACAAUAUGAAACUGUAGACUGUAUACCAGGGGUCGGCAAUAGGAGGCCCGCGGGCCAGAUGCGGCCCGCAAGCAAAAAACAUCUGGCCCGUGAGAUCAUUUGAACCAAAGAAUGAAAAAAAAAAAAAAAAAACACUUUUAAAAAUCGGACUGCCAGUCUCAAAAAAUGCUCUAUUUUGAAACGUAAUUUCAAUUUCAGAAGAAUUUCAAUCAAUCUAAAUGCUUAGCUAUUUGUUUCAUCUGCAUACGAGUGAAGAAGCACGCAGCGAGGUGCAGCGAACGCACAACAUGCAAAAACAAUGAAGUCAGGACAGCGCUGGUUCUGAAAUUCCAAACUAGUCCCUUAAACACAAGUUGUCAUUCAAACAACGGACAUAGGCUUAUGGUGAUAAUUAAAACACGACUUCUUUUAAACAGGCCUGACAUCAAACAGGCAAUUUACGCACAUACAACUGUGAAAAGUAAAACACGAGUUUCAAACAUAGCGUGCGUGUUAUUUAGGAACGCAACCUUGAAAUUAGCAUGCUUAGUUUCGUGGUGCCGUCUAAUAUUGUACUCUUUGCAUGCAGAGACACCCUCGUUACAGAUCAGGCAUGAGGGCUUUGCAUUAAUAAAACUAGGGAGGAUUAAGGCAUAGUUCUCUGUCCAUUCAUCAUUAAAGAUCCUGUUUUCGCUUGAUAGUGCCAUUUUUUGACAGCUAACAGAAACGCGUAGAAAUGUUUUUGUGGUGUUUUUUUUAAACACACAGGCAUAUAAUAGCGCCCCCAAUGACCAGUCGACAAAUUUAACCUACAUCAGCCUGCUUGAAUGUCUCUGCUCUGUCAUCAAGAGCGCCUACAUUUUUUAUUAUCACCCCUCCUCCGAUAUUAAUUAAUUAAUUAAAUUAGCCAUUGUUUUGGUUGUGGACUUGUGGCCCGCCAUGUAAUGGCUUGGAAAAUAUCUGGCCCGAGGCCAAACUUAAUUGCCGACCCCUGCUGUAUACUGUCGAAUUAUGCGAAAACGUGAAAUUCAACAUUUUAACCCGGAAGUUUGUUAUUGUUGAUUUUCUCAAAAUAACGUUGUGCGCAAUGCGACUGAUUUAGCUUUGAAUGGUCACAUAUACAAUGUUUUGUGUUAGAUUUAAAGUAUGUUAUGCUGAAUUAAAUGUGAUUAGAUUUAAAGUGUGUUAUGCCGAAUUAAAUGUGAUCAUAACAUGAUGUACCAACAGUAAAAGACCAUAGGCCAGUAAAGGGUCAACAACACGGUCAACGGACAAGAGGAAGACAGAAUAGAGAACCGUUAACUCAUGGCAAGAGAGGAUAAGAACCAGCCUGGGCACAUACUGUACCUACUUUUUUGUCUUUUGUUUUUCUUUGUACUAUGCAGUGCUAUCUUUUUCCUAUCUGUAUUGCAAUGACAUGGUCUGUCAACAAAUUACAGUAAAAAUAAAAUA